CAUGGCGACUGCGGCGUCUCAGCCUGACCCCGGGCCCAGCUAACGCCGCCGCCGCCGCCGCCGCUCCUCCAGUCACCGCGCCGGUGGAGAGUAUGGGAAGGAUCAACAUCAACAUGGCAAACAAGAAAGCUUACUAUGUAAGUUCUCCCAAGAAAAUGGUUGACCAGCACCUAACUCAGGCUCAUAUGACUUCCCAUUACAACAGAAUACUCUCUGCUAAAGCUUCUGUGGAUUGUUCUGUUCCGAAAAGCAUGCUAUUAAGUGUAAAAUAUCAAGAUCAGCGGCAAAAGCAAAAUCUUCUAAGGCAGAACCGAAAAGGAUUCAUUUCUGCUAGAUCAGAAUGUUGGUCUAGCUCAGACAGUAGUGGAAGAUUAACCUCUAUUGACCAUGUUCAGAAUCGUUCCAUACUAGAGCAUAAUGAUGGCACCAGAUGCUUAACAAAUGGUUGCAUAACUCCCAACCAAACCAUUGUCUCUUCUCAAGAGUUCUCAAUAUUACCAUCCAGUCCCAGUUUUGAUAAGGAAACUGCUCAGAAAAUAUUUACGACGUGCUACUCAGACUUGAGCUCCGGAACCCCAACAUCUUAUCAACAACAUUAUAAAACUUUCUGCAGCUCAUCGGCAAGCUUGGCAAAUCAGCAUUACUACAGAACAUUUCAGGAUCCACGACAGAAAACAUACAGUGGUGAUGUAUUGGACAAACAUGCUCACCACUUUACCAAUGAACAACGAUUCAGACCACGCAUUUUAAAGAAAGAAGCAGAAUCUUCUUUGGCCCAUUAUAGGUAUUAUACUCCUGUGAAAAAGAAAAAACUCUCCAAAAGGAAUCUAGUAACACAAGAAACACAGACUGAUUUUAACAGCACUCAAGAUGUAUCGUCACUGGAAAACAAGAGAUGUUGUCCACACUUGAUCUCAUCACAGCCUGAAUAUGAUAAACAGACGUGCUCUGAUUACGAAGAGGACAUUAAUGACUAUCCACUUAAUUUGGAUUGUGAAAAGUUACAAGAAUGUUUUGAAUGUCCUGAUCACAACAAUUCUCCAAGGUUAUCCUCAACAAUUAGAAUCAAGUCACCAAUUAUGAGAAAAGUUCAGGCUGAGGAAGAGGAAUUAAAGUAUCUUGAGUUCAUCUCUGAUAUUACAAGUGAGAUAUUAACUCGAGGAUUAUUUUCCAACAGGGUUAUAGAGAGUAUAUUUGAGCGUCGAAUAGAAGAAAGCAAGCAUCGACUAGAUGAACAGAAAUUACGAUCUAUGCUGGAUGAGCUAAAAAAAGAUUUGGACUGCAAACCAGAAAAAGAACAAUGGACCAGUAGUUGUGAAACUCUGUUGGAAGAACCCAAGCUGGUAGAAUUAAAUAACUGCCAUUAUUUGGGAAACUGUAAGUUUACUCAGAAUUGGAUGGAAGAUACAGAUAAGAAAUCUGAUAAAGCUUUGGAUCAUAGGCUGAAUGGAAUUUUUAGCACUGAUGUCUGUUACCUCCAGGAUAUUACCAGAAACAAACAUUGUCAUGACAUUUGUGGAGAAAAUAUCAAGCAGGUUCAAGACGUGGAACAAGAUCAUUGUCUAGAUUCAAAUUGUACGGAUCAUUCAGGCCAUUUCACAGACUAUGCUGCUGAUUUCGACAGUGUAGCAGACCUGACAGAGAUUGAUAAUCUUGCAAUGUCUCUUCAUUCUGUUAACGUUAACGACACUUUGAAUCCGGAGAUACUUAAGUUCAAUCUGAGUUAAGUCAGAAAUCAGAAACCACUUUUGAUGACAACGUUAAUUUGUUGUGUUUGUAAUUAAUUUUAAUUACACAUCUGACAGUCAUGGAUCAUAACAGAAUUCUUCAUCUUUGUUAUGUAAAUCUGUGUUCGUAUUAUUAACUUUAACAACACAUCAUAAGUUUAAGAAGGUGUUUAUCUUGAACUGUGCAAUAUUUUCUGCAACAUUUCCAUGACCUAAUAUUUUCUUUUACAGUUACGAAGGCUUUAUUACAUAAUUUUGUGUUUGCCUCGAUGAGUGAGCAGUCCAGUUUGUUUUACUUUAAGUACUGUAGACAACUGCCGCACUAUAAAAUCUACCUCCCACAUCUUCUUGACUCUUGUACAACUCUGUUAUUAUGGGCGAAAGAAGAUGAUUUCUUUUAUUGAAGAAACUAGUACUAUUUUAUACGAUGAACAGCAAAGAGGAGUCUUGAAAUCAUUCUGUAUCUUCAACCUACUUCCUGCAGCCAGGCUGAAAUGAAGCACCUGUAUUUACAGUCCUGGUUCAAAUUUGCAUUGCUCUUCUAUGUGAUUCGGUACAUUGGUCUGCCAAUUACAUUUAAUUUCAGAUACUUUAUUAUAAAGGACAUUAAAUAAAUACUUAAAUGUAGUAAUAAUUCUAAAAUAUACUAUAUGUUCAACUGAAGUGCCCUAUGAUCAUGAAUUCAUUAAGUACAGAUACAGAACAAUUGGCAUGAUUUAAUACUUCUGUAUGCUCUGUUUUUAUUUCACAAUUGCUGAUUUAAGACAGUUUGAGAGUGAAGAUCAUUGAGAACUUGGGUGAUAAUGUAGCUACUUGUUUGACACCUGUUGAGGUAUUCUGGCAGCCAGAGCCCUUUAGGUAACAUUUGAGGACUGAAACCGAUUCAAAAGAAAGAGAGGUGAAUUUAUUCACAAUGGUAGAAAAGAGAAGUGGACGAUUUUAACAGUGGGAUUAAAAAUCAUGAAAGAUCUGGAAUUUUCAAUAUCUGAUACAUUGGUAACGAUGUAUCAGGUUUCUGGUUUAUGAAAGAAUCAGUGGCAACAUGAGUCAUUACUUUUUACAAUCCAAAGGGUUUGUAUUUGGAAUAAAUAUUUGGAGAAAAUAAUUGAACUAAAUGGACCAAAUGCUCCCUUUCUCUGUUGCAAAAUUAUACCACGCUAUGAUUCUGUAAGGACCCUUGUGAAAUAAUAAAACCAUUAAUUUAUAUUUGUAUUCAUCAUAUCGGAUAUUAGAACCUCAUGAUAUUGCAGUGGAGGACUUUCUGCAGAGAACAUUCACUAUAAUUGGGAUCAUCUGCAUUUGUGAAUUAAAAUAUGGGGCAACAAGAGAUGAUUAAUAAAUGCUAAUAAAAUAUGCAGGUGUUCCAUGUUUUUGGGUUAAUAUGGCAAUUCAGUUGAAUGUAGUUCCUCUUCGUUAUAGUUAUUUCUCAAUGUAAAUUAUUUUAAAUUGUAUAUAUGUGCUAAUGUAUUAUUUUGUGUGAGUAAAAAGAAUAUAUUUUACAUAGUAUUCUCAAACUAUCGGUUAGUAAUCUCUGUAUUAUUAACAUAUUGAUGAAAGCUAUAAUUAGCAAAAUGAAAACAAUUAUGUUGGAAAUAUGAUGAUGUAAUAUAGUUCUAAAGUUGAAUAGGACAUUUAUGAACUUUAAUAUAAAAUAAAGUCUAUGAACAUGUUUUUAUAUAUUUCUCACU